AUGACUCCCAGGCUGCUCCUGGCUGUCGUCCUCUGGGCCGGCUGCGCGCCCUGCGAUGGAAGGGAAGGUCCGAUCCACCCCAGGGUGCAGUGCCGAGCCUUCAGGUACCCAGUCGCCGUAGACUGCUCCUGGACCCAGCCUCCAGCUCCAAACGCCACCAGGCCCACCUCCUUCAUUGCCACAUACAGGCUCGGUGUGGCUGUCCACGAGGAGAGCCGACCCUGCCUCCAGCUGACACCGGAAACCCCCAGCUGUGCCAUCUCAGAUGUCCAGAUGUUCUCCAUGGUGCCCUACGUGCUCAACGUCACAGCCAUCCACCCCGGGGGUGUCAGCAGCACUCUCCUGCCCUUCAUUCCAGAGCAUAUCAUUAAACCAGACCCUCCAGAGGACGUCUACCUGAGCCCCAUCCCUGGGAAGCAGCUGCGGGUGCAGUGGGAGCCCCCCCGGUCCUGGCCCAUCCCAGAGAUCUUCACACUCAAAUACCGGAUCCGCUACAAGCGUCACGGAUCUGCCCAUUUCCGACAGGUGGGGCCCACUGAGGACACAUCCUUCACCCUCAGGAAUGUGCGACCAAGAGCCAGGUACUGCAUCCAGGUGGCUGCUCAGGACCUCCUGGACUAUGGGGAGCUGAGCGACUGGAGUCUCCCUGCCACUUUCCCCAUCACUCUGGGCAAGUAG